GCGCAGUGGCCGGGUCUGCGAUGUGCAAUGCUUUUUUGAGUUUUGGGUUCUCUGACAUCCCACUGGGGCAGUGGCCCUUCCCAGGCCGCGCUGACAGAGAUGCGGGAGCACAGUUUUGGCCCUUCACACCGCCAGGAUUACAGUGGUGACAUUAACCAAAUUCCCAAACGGCCAGCUGGCCUCACUCUGCCCAAUCUCCCACUGCAGACAAAUUUCAUUAUAUUUGAAGCUAAAUAGAUUCUUCAUUUGGCUUUCUUUUUUUUUUUUUUUUUUUUUAACUCACUCAAAGCCCAUUGCAGUGUCUCAGGCCCAGACUUAGACUGCAACACGGUGUCCUAAUGCACUCUUAGCAUUAGCCCAUGGAGGUGCCACAGCAUGGCAAGUCCCCACGGGUGUCAGUGGGAUCAGUGGUGUUAUCCAGACUCAGGAUCACUUGCCUGGACUACACGUAAUAGCAUUAAGGUUGGCACACCUGCAGAACAACUGGCAUUUUCAGGGUGCUGCUGCAGUGGCAUAAGAGCCUCCUCAAUUAAUGGGCAGGCAGAGCUUCAGUGCAAAUGCAGUCUUGGCUGGGGCAUAACCACUCUCUGAAAUAAUUUAUCCUGCUCUUACAAACUCUCCAGUAAGCACAGUGUUUACUGUUGUUCCAUUUUUUGUAUCUCUGUAAUCCUGGUAGGAACAUCAGCCAAAGGUCACCAGUUUCCAUGCAGCUCUUUUUUUUUCUGGUCUCUCUGGGAUUUGGUGUGAAUGAAAAGAGCAAAAAUCUUUUAUUUCCAGAUCAAAACAGGAUUAGUUGAAGAAGGUUUGUAAGGCAUGUUAGUAGCAGCAUAAUUUGGUUGUGUGAGUAGAUUUCUGUCAGUUCCUCUUGGGGAAGGGAUGUGUGAUUUCCUUUAUUUUUUUAAGAAGUUCAAGCAUUAUUUACUUUUCAGUCUGAUCUGGGUGUUAAAUGACAAAAAUUGGGAAUUUGCUACAUGGCUCUGUUCACUGUAUAUUGUCUAAUAAAUCCUUUUUAGGAUAGGUGACUGAUGUGUAUGCAGAGUGGGUGGGAAGGAGUGUGCAUUAACAGUGUUGGCUUGUUUUAUUGAUAGUGAAUUGUGGCACUACUCCUGUGCUUAAAUACGUGCUUGGCAAACCUGACUCUGGAAGCUGGCUUAGAGUCUCUGCUCUGGCUGGGUGAGACUCCUGCAGACAAAGCAGAGGGGGUGAGCUGUGAAGGAGGCUCUUCCCUGGUGCUAAGGGCACCUGGCAGGUGUGCUCACCACGCUGGUGUGGAGGGAUUGGAUGUAUUGGGAGCAGUGGCUCAGCAUCAGACCUGGCAGCAGGAAUGGGGUUGAUUUGGAUGCUUUGCAGCCUUGCUCCUGUUGGCUUUCUAGUGAAUGACAAGUGGGCAUGGUGGAGUCAGCUGAGCUGACUUGCUCUCGGGCUCAGAUGAAGGGAAAACCUCUCAGCAGCCUGGGCAGCACUGCCUCAGUGCAGCUAUGUCUCCUGCCUGGACUCUUGGAGCCCAUUUGGCAGCCCUGCAUGUGCCAUGGGUUACCUACCCUCUGAAAAUCAACCUGCCAUGGGUAAACAGGCAAUCCCAUAACCUCCUGGAGCAAACAGGAAAUAAUCCUAGGCCAUCAAUGCUGCACUGGCUCUCCCCAACCGCUGCCUUUUAAUGAUUGUUACCAAAAGGUCAGGAAAGCCAUCAGAAGCUCCAAUCAGCUGUGAUUGGCCUGGGGGACAAAAUGACACAGAUGCUUUUUGAAUAGUACAAAGGACUGAGCAAGGAGAAAACAAUUUUCCCAGUCACUUCUAUUAAUGCCACCUCACUGCCUUCUGGCUGUGUUUUGCCCUUCCAUAGAAGUCCAUCGAGCACACCAGGAGUUGGGCCUCAGCUGGGUUAGUGUGCUGUGGAGAAUCAGGUCUCUUCUUUUCCCCCUGAAAGGUGACCUAUCAUCAUAGCACCUUCCACAGGCACAAGGACCUUUGCAGGGAAAGGAUUCCCAGCAUUCUCACAGCUGCCUAACACUCACUCCUCUCCCCAUUUCCACCCUUCAUCAGAUCAGGCUCCCUUUUUCUACAGCCUUUACCUUUGUCAUCUGUACAAUACUGCCUCCCAGGAAAUACAGCUUCCUUGUCCUUGGCACUCUUCAUCCUCCUGCUUUGGCCCAGAGAAUGCCCUGCCUCUGCCAUCCCCACCCUUUCCCAACUGUGCCUCUCAGGCCUGCCUCAAGUGCAUUUGAAGAAGCCUUUUUUACAUAGCCAUAUUUACAGCAUGAAUCAUUUGCUCCACUCUUCUAGACCUCAGCAUUUCACAGAUCUCUUCCCUCUUUUGCAGGCCCUUCCUCAGAUGCCUUUUGGAGGGGGACGGAGCAAAGGGAGUAACACUAGCAAAGCCAGCUCCAAAGCUUUCAGAGAGAGGGCAGAAGCAGCAUCAGCUGGGAAGGCAGAGGUGAAAGGAGCAACCUUGUGCAGGGGAAGGAAGGACUAAGGUGGUUCAUCUAGGGACCACUGUCUGGAUCACAUCCCUCAUAAAGGAGGAGCUGGUUGGGAUCAAACCACCCUUCAGGUGAGGGAUAUGGUGGCCAAAGAUACUACAUGGCAGUUAUCCUUCCACAGGAUCCUUUGAUCUUGUUGGUACAAGGCCACCACUGCCCUGAGAUAUCCUCUUGGUCUUGCAGGAAGAUCUCACCUCUGGCGCUGCCAUCCACCUCUGCCUCAUGCUUCUUUUAGGUGUCCUGCAGCCUGAAACUGCCCAGCCCUGUGCUGCAGCCCUGUUAAGUCCCAUUAGCCCCAGUAAGGAUCAGCAUGGGUCUGUAUGCCCUGGGGGGUGCUCACCAGACCUGGUGCUCUUGUGGAACCCAAAACUCGAGUGGAUGCUUCUUUCCUGGUGUCUUUUCUGCCUCUUUCAGACUGGCUGGUUAGAGAACCAUUAGGACUUCCAGGCAAUAACCAUACGUGUGGGAUUCUGAGAGCACUGGCCUUGAGGCUGGAAUAGGUAACAGCCAAUGGAAAACUUUGGUCUGGGAAAGCUCUGCAAAGUUAAUAGGACCAGGCAUCCUUCCUUCUGCUCCAGGCUGAUUCUUUUAGCUCAUAUCUGCUUAGGCUCAGUGUGGUCUGAACAGGUCUGACCCAUCUCAUCAGUUAAUGGAUGUUUGGAAGGAGUUCAGCCAGAGAAUAAUGGAGAAAAGCAGGAAAAGAAUACACUUAAAUGUAUUCAUCUGUAAAGCAUCUGUCUUUAGAGAGUCAUAAGAACAGACAUACCAGAUCAAACCAGGGGAUAGCUGGCCCAAAAACCCAUCUCUGACAAUGGCUAGAAGCAGACACCUGGAGAAGAGCAGAAAAACAAUGCAAGUAUGUGUUCUUUCCUCCAGCACUCUCCCCACCUCCAGCUGUGUUCAGCUGCUCACACUGAGCCACAUGACUUCUGUGUAUUUCAUCAUUUCUCAAAGGGUUUCUCUAUCAUGGACUUUUCUUAGAGUCUGCAGACUCCUAACAUCCGCAGCAUCCUGUGGCAAGGAAUUCCCCAAUUCAACUGCAGCCUGUGUGAAGAACCCUUUGCUUUAAGCCUAGCUCUUGCCAGCUUCCCCUAUUACUUUUAUUGGAAAAGGCAGUAAACAAUCAAUUCCUGUCCAUCCUCUUCAACAGCACUCUGAAUUAACACCACGUUAUUAUCUCAUUAUUGUAUGUGGUGCCUAGAGACCUCUUUGCACAGGGCAGGGUAUAAAGAUGAGGCUCAGUAAUAGUUGUUUGGCUGCAGUGCUUCCAGUCCAAAGCAAAGGUGGCAGGCAAAGGGCAAGUGUGUUACAGGAGAGCAGUGUGAGCUGACCAUUAAUGUUGCCAGCUUCUUUCUAAAGCUGCCUUUUUAUUUUGCAGGUAACCAUUUAGUGGUGACUCUCAAGGAAUUUUCCCCUUGCUUCUCCUGAAGGAGAAGUAGGUCCUGAGCAAGGAUGCAGCAGACAGAAGCUGGUGAUAAGAGCAGAUCCCUUCCCUCACCGUGUCCACCUCAGGCCAGCCUCACUGAUGUCUCAUUCUACACACGCCGCUGCAUCACCGACGAUCUCAGCUGGUCCCUGGUCACUGUCCCCCCCCUCACGGAGCUCUGCCUCCAGCACAUCGCUCACAAUUUCGAAAACAACCCUAUUUUGAAUGAUCUUCUGCCUGAGCACCAAAAGAAGGUGGUGGAGAAGCUCUCCACCAGCCUUCCACUCUCUGUGACUGCCAACAGAGUAAGCCAUGAGGAGUACUGGAAGAGGUGCUGUAUGGAGCGCUGGCAAGUGUGUGACGUGUCCAACUACGGGGACAGCUGGAAACGGAUGUUCUUUGAACGUCACCUGGAGAACAUUCUGAAGUUUUUCAUCCCUAACACCACAGACCCCGACCAGGUCCUAGACCUCAUCCCGCUCUGCCAAGACUACGUGCGGAAACUGGAGAUCAAUCAGUUCCUGCCACCUUUGCAGGUGGAUCCAAAGGAGGAGGGCCAUGACCUCUCUGACGCAGAGGAUGAGGCUGAAAUGGGUGAGGUCUACAAGCAUCACUACAACCUGAAAGAGCUCAUUACUUCUCUGCCUCACCUUGAAGAGCUUCAUCUCAUUUAUGAUGUGAAGAGCUGUGGCAUGAACUUUGAGUGGAACCUCUUUAACUUCACUGAGCUGGACUGCUCCAACUUGGCUUCUGCCGUGAGGAUGUGCCGUAACUUGAAAGUUUUCAAGCUGACACGAAGCAAAGUGGACGAUGAGAAGAUCAAGCUCCUGGCCCGUAGCUUGCAGAAUCACCCUCGCUUGUUGGAGCUGGACUUGUCCCACAAUCUCAUCAGGGACCACGGGGCACAAGCGAUUGGCAAGCUGAUCAGCCACAGCAAACUAGAAACUCUCAAUCUGUGUAACAACCAGAUCUGUCACCUGGGGGCUCAGGCUCUUGCUCAAGGCCUGGCUGAGAGCUCCACCCUGACCUCCCUGAACCUGCGCCUCAACUUCGUGGAGGACAAAGGCGGGGAGGCGAUCGGCCGUGCCCUGCUGACCAACACCAGCCUGAAGUGCCUCCAUCUGGGAAGUAAUAACCUGUCAGAGCCAACUGCAGCAGUGUUCUCCCAGGUCCUGGCUCAGAACACCUCUCUGACAAGCAUCAACUUCUCAUGCAACCACCUGGGGCUGGAUGGUGGGAAGCAGCUGCUUGCAGGGCUGGCAAACAACAAGACUUUGACCGAGCUUGAUCUCCGCCACGCAGAGGUGGAACAGGAGACAGAUUUCCGCAUUCACGAAAUUGUGUGGGCCAAUCGGGAAGCAGUGAGGCUGGCAUCUCUGCAGCACCCCAGCACUGAACCCUCUGAAUGAAGUGCUCCAGGGAGCAAUGGGCUUUGGGUGUGCAGUCUUAGAAACACUCUGCUUCAAGGUCUUGGUUUUAUUUGCUUUCCUGAGAAACACAACUUGUGGCUGCCACCGUAGCCACAUCAUUCAACCUGUGACUUCAUUGGAGACAGACACUUGAUCUCAAGGCACUGUAGUGGCACCACAGAGCAAUCUGCCUCUUAAGCCCUCUCUCUCAUUGCACCCUAAAUCUCACCUCCUGUGACGCUUUUCUAUGCUCCAGCAGCAAGCUUAUUUCAGGCAAGUGAAUAUUGUUUCAUCUGUAAAGCAGCAAAGAUGAAGUCUCUGCCACCUAAAUGGUCUAGUCCAGACCUAACUUUAAGGUUUUGCUGAGGAGGAUGUGAGAGGCAUAGAGGAUUGAGGCAAUGUUGUUUCUAGUUCCUCAGCAGCUUUUUCUGGCUAUUGCUCUGCUCAAUAAUCUAUUUGAAUUUAUAGUAAAUUUCUCUGGAGUCUGAUAUGGGUGGUGAAAAGUAAAUAGAAAUAAAUUCAAUAACUCAAGAGGUCUCACCACUGUAGUUUCCUGCUUUGGGCUGCUCUGCUUUUAAUCAGUGCUAGCCUGCUUUGCAACAGGUGAAUUCUUUACAACCAGAUGCUUACCUUACCUAGUAGUGCUCUUCUGUGCAAACCUGUCCAAAGCAAUCUGUGUUUUGCAUAACUUCAAGCUAGAGGGGUCCCUUCAGGACUGCUGGCCCACAUAGCUCACAAGUUUGAAAACAGUGCAGCUUCCUUGGGCUUGGAGCAAAAUGGAGCAGCUUCCUUUUGCUCUACAGGCUGUAGUCAUCUGAGGAUGGGACAAGGCACAUACUUGAGUGAGUUGGUCCACUGACCAUCCUGCUCAGGAGAUAUCAGGGAAUUAAGCAAGUGGGUUGAUUUCCAUCCCUUCCCACCUUCUGGGCAAUGCAGGAGCUUCCCACGCCUCUGAGCCCUGCCCAACGCCAGUGCUCACAGACCCACUGCUGGCAACCACCUCAGUGAAUCAUCUGAAACUUUUAUUACACCGAUUUGGUUUACAAUCUUUGUACUUUGAUAUUUCCAACAAAAAAGGCAACAUUGUGAUAUACUGUUUGUACAUAUAUAGAGAGACAGACAGAGCUAGAUCAUACUGACAGAGCUGAAAAGUAAAAACCGUUUCCCAGUGUUCACAAAAGGAUUUGUUCACCACGUACCCGCUUCUGCCUUGCCCUGCCUGAUGGAUACAGACACCGAGGUGCCGCUGGCCCCUGGCUGACAGGACCUUUACCUGCACCGUGUCACACCCGCAUAGAUCAGAAAGGAUGGAGUGCAGGGCUGCCCUGGCAGCAGGGGUGCUGACAGGGCUCAGCCCCAAGCCCUCACAGGUUUGUGUAGUCCCUUCCCAACUACUGAUGGAUGCUCCAGGGGCUACGUCCAGAAGAAUUCCUAACCAGCAGUAGCAGCUGUGAAACCUCCCUACCUGGGCAACUCCCACUACUUGUUUCCCAUCCUCGAGACCGAGGUAUUGAAUAUACUUAUUUAUUUUUAUUUGCAUUUACAAAAUAUUUUCACUGGAUGACACACCUCAAUGAGAUGAGAACUCAUGUUCAGAAACAGCAGAAAAGACCCAGAUCAGCAUCAGGCUGAUGAAGCAACAGCUCCAGCAGCGAGGGUGGGGGUUUAAUGGGGGUGGCCUGGUCCUAGACAAGCCUGCCUGUGGCUCCAAGGACAGGGCUGCAGCUGGUCAGCCAGUUGUGCAAUGAAAGCUCAUGCUUGGAGGGCAGCAAUGAGAUCCUGCAGACAUGCUAGCAGACAUAUGAGGAACUGGCCACCAGAGCCAGGGAGGACAAGGGACGGAAAGAAAAGGGCUUGGGAAAACAUGUCAUCACCAGAACAACUUCUAACUUGCUUUCCAGGAGCUUUUUUCACUGCUCAUUUUCCUUCUAACAGCUUGAGACUGUUAACACCACUUAAGCACCCUUCGAACGCACUCCUGGGCUGCCGCACGCAGGAAUGCCUGGACAGGUAGCUGUUGCCUGGAGAACUCUUUGCCUUCUCUCCCAUCCAUCUCUUGGCCAAAAAGCAAAGUCCAAACCAAGCAGCCUGCAGCACUUGCCCACACCCAAGACCAACAGUCAACUAUCUGCCAGCCUGCAAGGGUUGAAACCAUUUCAAAUGCCACACACUCUGGCCAGACAGCAACAGCAGAUUGUUGGAGUGUCAACAUGCCUGCUGCUGGUGGGUCACUUGUCAGCUCCGAGUCCAGCCACCACGGGGUGGGUAACUAGCUGGUCACUGUGCUGAGUGCAGGGCCAGAACAAACCUUAGCUCUCCCAUGAGGUCUAUCUUCAAGGCAGGCUCUGAGGAGGGGGCGCCAUUUGUGGGCCUCUGUCGGGUGGAGAGAGUGAGCUUGGGCACUGCCACCACUCCCAACACAGCAUCAGCAGCACUCAGCAGUCAGGCUGGGAGCACCCCCUCACCCACCCCACGGGUGUGUGCCAGAGAGAUGGUGAGACAGGGCUGGCCGGAAGGCAGAGAAGGGGGAAAGGCCCUCGGGCUCUCCCCCGGGCUGAGCGGGGCGUGUCCCAUCAGGCCGGAGCGGGGCACCCGGCUGGCUCCCUCCCACAGCAGAUGGCGAGCCCGGCUCCCGCUGCUCUGAGCAGAGCGCACACGGCAGCAGGAAACAGUGGCCAGCUUCCCAAGCCUGGCGGUUUCUGCUCACAGAGACCCAGGCAUCGAUUUGCAAGGUGUCACACUGGCAUAUGUCACAAACAGGAUGGCAGGUUGAUUUUGAGCACCGACUUGGGGAGGAGGAGCAGGUUGCCGCAAGGAUGAGCAGAGGCUGUGCACAGAAAUGGUUGCUGUGUUCAGCCUCCCAUUGCUCCCAUGGACUGGAUUUGUCUAGGCUGAGCUGUCCCUGCCCGUUUGAUACCUGCUGGCCCUCUGCACAGUCAGCCAGGGUGCUGGUGGCUGGGUUCACACACAGGGGAUGCUGAAAAUGGGGGUCCUGUGCACUGCCUGUGGGACAGCACAGGGGGGUGAGGAAGAAACAGCACGCUUCUAAAACAUAGUGCCAAGCACUCCUGCCCUGAAACACACGCAGACAACUAACACAAACUCUCCCAGUCACUGGGAACCCACCACUGUAUUCCAUCACCCCUACAGCACAUGUGCCUCGUGUCCAGCAGCUUCCCUCCAACCUCAAUCACCUGCUAGCCCCGUGUACCACCCUGCUGACAUGGCAAUUUUGGCUAAUCUAGAUCCUUUCGUACUUCUUCAGUUGCAGUGAAGAGGGAUGAAGCCUGAGCUCAUGUAGCUGGGAAGAUGGGAAGUGGCACAGAGCCAAGUCCUGCAUCGGCUUCCCUAGGUGGAGGGGACGGCUCAGAAAUGAAGCAUUCCUCCUCCCUACAGGGUAUGCCUGAAAUAGCCAGGCUUGUCAGAUCCCUGUCUCUGGCUGUGAUGGAUUAGCCUCUCCAAGGCACAAGGCAAUUUAUUCAUUAGUGACAUUUACACCUUGUGGCCAUCGUGGUUGAUGAGAUGUGCUCAAGCUGUCACUGCUGGGCUUGGAGGUGGCAUUGCUGCUCCAACAACGCAGUGCGACAUGGCCUGGGCACCUCAGCUUGGGAAUACCUCCUGCCUUUCUCCUCAGCCAGAGCAUGCACAGAUUGCUUUGAAAGCCCACUCUGUUCCUGAGCUUCUCAGGAUGCUCUGCUCCAUUUCCCUCCCUGCCUUGCAGCACCACUGCUCCAACACUGCAUCCUCCUGCCCCAUUUUGCCUUCUGUCUCCUGUAAAAACCACCAUUUUGCAAAGCCCUUUACAGAUGUUCUCAACCAUCUCUCUUCCUCGCAUGUGUUGCUGAGCAUUCACAUCCUAUUGUGCCCUCAGUCAGCUGCCCUCAGCCCCAGCAGAGAGCACAGGGCCCACGUUUGCAGACUUCUCCAGGAGAUAUGCUGCUUUCACCAUGAUGCUGUCCCCUGCUCCCUCACUGCCACAACAGCUGACCUGCCUCUCCUCUCCUCCCUGGUCCGGAGACCAGGACCACCAAAACAUCAAGGCCUUCUGUCUUCUAACUCAGGACAAGUGCUGUGAAAUUCUCUGGGAAAGCACCAAAUGAUGGCAGGAUGUGCUGCGGUUGCUCUGCAGCAAGCAAGCAGUGGGGCACGCCAGGGCAGGGAGCGCUGCUGGAAGGCUGUGCGCAGGCAGGGAUGGUGAGGUCUGGCCACCAGCAUGCCUGUGGUCAUCAUGCAACUGCUGGCAUUCCAUGGGACUCAGCAGGGAAGGACCAAAAUGAUGGGAAUGCACGGCCUCGGAGGAGUUCAGGAGAGGGGAGUGCUUUGGCUAGCUCAGAGGAAUGACAGUUUGCACAUCAGGUUUGGGCAGGGUGAGAAGAGCUGGAAAGCGUUGUCCAGGGAGCAGAUCCGGCAGCUCUCCAGUUUCAGACAGCCAGCAAUGGAUUAGCUUGUUCUCAAACACAGCUUGCUCCAUGCUUUUAUCCCCGCUCCCUGCCACUCUCUGCAGCAAAUGUGACACUUCACACCAUCUCCUCACAGAAAUCAGGUCAGGAGUUUCCUCUCACAAAGAACAAGCAAUGCUCUGUCAAAAGCCCUUGCUGCAAGGGUGGAUGGGUGUCACCACACCAAAGCCAUAAACAUAUCAACCCUCUGCAGGGCCACAGAUCCCAGCUGUGCAGGAGCAUGCAGAACCCCACCCUGCCACAUCUGGGUGGACAGCCACAUCACACCUCCAGAGACAGAGAAAGAUUUUAAACUCUGGCCUCUGUUCCUGAUCAACCCACCCGACUGCAAAGCCACAGGGCCACCAUCCUGAUCUGCUUUGGGCAUGGGCAUUCCUUCUCCACCAGCAUGGCACAUUACUAACAGAGAUGGAAGGAGUGGAGAGUGUAAACCCACAUCGUCACCAAAAAUUUUUAUUUUUUUUUUUAAGCAAG